AUGCAUCCUGUCCUUUCCUGGGGGUUUGACACCUCAACCCGGAGCCGAGACACAGGCGCGAGCUUCGCUGCUCGCCAAAGGGGGCACCUGCCCCGGUUGUCGAUAAGCGACGAAAACCACCAUGUCACUGAAACCAUUGGCUACCUCUACGAUGACGAUCCCGAGCAAGACCAACAGCACCCUUCCCAUUCGAAUCCGUAUCAGAGUCCAAAUUCUUCAUCACAAGUUAAAAUCAAUGGCCAUCAGAUGGACGGUGAUGUGACCCCCAGGAGGACGCCGUCCAUACCUAGGAAGCAGUUACCUUACCGAGAUAUGUCAAACGGUAAUGUUGUCGCACAACCAAACGGCGUCUCCAGAGGAUCCUCUGGCCAGGUCCAUCCCUGGGAACACCGUAAUCACACAUCCUCGUCGUCCGCGUCCGGCUCGAGAGAACGGUCGCCUUCCGAUACCGCCACCUCCCCCUUUCCUCUAAACGAUAUUGACUACGAAUCCAGUCCAGCAGGCCUGGCGCAAGAGCUGAGUAAUCUACAAGCCUUGAGACGCAUGUCAAUGCAUAUGGGCGCAACCGAUGAUCCAGACCUUCCUCAACUGAGUGCAGCCGGCAUGCCCAGUGCACCAUCCCCUACUUCCAGCGAAGACGAUUCCUCUAGGUUAUUCUGGGUGCCGGCUCGAUUACACCCGGAACUCGCUCCGAAAGAAUUCAAGACCUUCUUGGAGAGCAAAGCGGAGCAAAUCAGAAGGAGAUCUGGCGAACUAUCCGCUUUUGCUUCCCCGUCCUCCUCCCGAUCUUCCUCGUUAAGUGCCGAAGGAGGAAACUCUGGCUUGCGAAGGAAGAAGUCAAUGUUAUCGCGCCAGAUCGAUAGUUCUGUCGGGUAUCAAGAUGGUGCCGACAGAUUAGAGACGAAGAGAUCACUGUCGCGCCGGGCUGGCCCUCAGGACCCGAAUCUGCAAGAGUUAGAAACAUUGGUCGCAAAUACCCCCGGUUUAUCAAGGCCGAGUCUGGAGCCUUCGUCGGAGGACGAUGCCCCAGAUAUCAUACUACCAUCAGUCCCGGGAAAUAGUCUCAAAAGGUCCACAAGGACAACUUACAGGCGAGGUGGAAGUGUCAAGGGGAGGGGAGAUCGAGGUACCUAUGCUCAGCGUGCCGCGAGAAGGGCUACGGCUGGAAGUCCCUCAAGCAGCAGACCUGAAUCGCCCGUAUCCAGCGUUCCGGCCAUUCCUCCGCUGCCGAACCUAUCUAUCGAGGGUCCCAGCCUUGCACAAACCUUGAAAGACGCGUCCAGCACAGCAAAUGUUGGAAGAACCGCCCCUACAAACUUCUCCCGACCUGCAAACUCGUCCGCCGCCGGCGGAAAUUCUUCUGCGCCAACCGCAUUUGACUACACAUUCAGCAAUGACGAUGAAACGAAAAGACCAACCCCAGCAGGCAUGCCUGAGUCGCGAAAAUCCCCGCCCCCUCCAAAAUCACCUCCAUCUAUGAGCGUUCCGUUCGAUCGAAAACCUGUUCCCCAGAUUGUUGAGACCCCGCCUCCCCCGGAGGCUUCUCCGGUCUCUGUCCAGCCCCCGCGGUCUUCUUCGAUGACGCCUCCCCUUGUGCAACAGCCAGUGCGGCAUCCUGAGAGGGUGUCUUCGCGGGACGAUAGCCGGACAAGAGCCAUUUCUCCGCAAAGGCCAUCAAUGCCUUCCAGAGGGUCUCUGCCGGUAAUUGCACCACGAGCAACAUCUCCCGCAAACCAGAUUCCGCCACAGUCAAAGCCCACCCAAAGUCUCGAACAGCCAUCUCCCUUGCCUGGAAAUGACACGAAUACGAGUAACUUGUCAUUCAUACCGACCCUCACUGUAGAUAAAAGAGCCGAUCAUAAAAAGAAGGAAGAGACCAAAAAGUCGAGCUGGAGUUGGUUGCUCGGCAAAGAAGAUGGAGACAAGGACAAAUCGGAGAAACCAAAGGCCAAAAUCUCCAAACCUCCACAGCAACAUGACAACACUCGACUUGAUGUCCUCCAAACUUCGAUCGACGGAGGUGUCCGAGGGCGCGAAAGCCUUGUUCUGGAUCGGGAACACCUGAAGCUCGAUGAAGAACGCAGAAAGGAAAGCCAACGGAAAGGGUCAGGAAGUGACAAAAAGGAGAAAGAAGGUCUGUUCUCUUCAAUAUUCGGUGGGAAAAGAAGCAAGGGCGAGAAAGACAGCAGCUCAAAGAAACACCGCGACCGAGGCCUGUCGCCAGAGCCACCAUACCGAGAAUUGAAACCCGACAUCGACUAUAAUUGGACGCGAUUUUCGAUUCUGGAAGAAAGGGCCAUCUACCGCAUGGCGCACAUCAAAUUGGCCAACCCUCGUCGAGCCCUAUACUCGCAGGUGCUUCUAAGUAAUUUCAUGUACAGUUAUUUGGCAAAGGUCCAACAAAUGCACCCACAAAUGAAUCUCCCGACGAGUGCCAAACAGCAGCGGAAACAGCAGCAGAAAGACCAGCAGCAGCCGGACGAAUAUCUCCAAUAUCAGCGAUAUCAACAACAACAGGCUCAACUGGUACAGCCAUCCCAAGGUGAACAGUCAUAUGGUCCCCAGCAGGGCUUUGUGGGCGAUGAGUCCAGCUACGAUCACGACGCCAGCAGUUCGAGGCCAAGUUCAAGGGGAAGCAAGCACACGGUAGAAAGUAAUGGCUCGGCAUAUGGCGGCGGCGCUGGUACAUAUAGCCAGUACUAUCACAACAAUCAACUACAAGAGCAGUUACAACAAGGGAACUCGCGCCAUGGCGGAUCCCAGUUGGACGACGAUGACGAUGACAUGUGGUAA